AUGGUCGCAAAAGAACUAGACGUAGCAGAAAAUCAAACGAGAGCAUUGUUCGUGUUUUUUGAAUGUGCGCGUAAACGAUCGUGGAAUGGUCACGGCUCAAGGAUGUUUUGGUCAUGUGGGUCACAAAGUCGAAACAGCUCUUCCUCAUCUAUCACAGGAACAAGAGACUACUUAAAAGACUUGUUAGAAGUGCACUCCGUCGACUACAUCAUGAACCGCCUGAAGGAAGAUUUCCCCUUAGAAACCUCUCGACUUCAUCAUGUUACUCGAGAAGAGUUGAGAACGAUCCAACGCAAACACAGACUCACACCAGUUCCUGCUGAGAAUGACUGUGGAGAUUUGUGGAUGGAAGAUGAGAAAAAGCACAAUCCUUCUGGUCAGGACGUAACAGCAGAUGGCAAUGAGCCCGAUAUUGGUGGCGAAAGCGCUACUGACGAGAAAUGCGAAGAUGUGAAAGAUUUCCAAGAUUUAAUGUCAGCGAUGGAGUGUGAACCUGGAAUCGCGGUAGAAAACGAUCCUUCAACGUCUCAAGGAGAUGACAAAGAUGAAAUCUUCAACGGAAUUUCAGAGCUGCCUUCUGUGUCAGCACGGCCCUCAACACAAGAGGUUUCAGAUGCCCCUCCAAAAAGUGACGUUAGCGAGUGCGAGUCGCCAUUAUCACCUGAGCGACGCUUUGAUAUGUCCUCGUCAUCAUCAACUGCUCAUUCCCCAGAGACGCCAUUACAAACGCAAAAGAAGCAGGAGAACGAGAAGCGCUUGCGCUGCUUUUUAUGUUCGAGAAUGAUGCUUCGGAGGAACUUGUACGCUCAUUUGCAGAGAUCUCACUCUUUCUCAAAAGAAGAUAUCAACAGAGUAAAGGUUGAUAUUCGUUUAGAAGGACAUAAAGCUACCAAUCGUCGUGAACGUGCUCGGAUUUCCUGUCCCCUAUGCGGAGAAAUAAUUUUCGAUCAAGUCGGCUUUGUUAGACAUUGCGAACACUUAUCCACAGGUGAUAUUUUGAAAGCCUCGAUGGGCCGACACACUCCCACUACACCGAAGUUAGACGCACAAACGUUCAUUCAACUAUGGUGCACUGUGUUCCAAGAAAACCGCUACCUCAGUCCAUAUUAUUCACAACAUAAAAUAAGACGGGUGAGCUGCCGGCAAAUGUCAACUGAUUUGCUUGGAUACGCUAUGAUCGGUUUUGUGGGUUACACAGAACCUGGCCUUCGCUCGGACGGCAUCAACUCGUAUCCACAAGUGAAUGAAAAUUAG